AUGAAGAAUGGAGAAUAUCUGGACUUAUGUGUUUCCCUAGGGUCAAAUAGCAGUUUCUUAGCUUUGGAAGAUGAUCAAGUCUUUUUGGAAGAGGAGGAAAGUAGCUCACCAAAUACUCAAGAGGAAACUACAAAAGAUUUGCCUUCUCCAAACAAUACAAUGAGCAGACCCACAGAAACUUCCAUCGAGUUGCAGGUUAUAAGCCCCGAGCUUACAUUCUAUAAUUCAUCAAAAUAUGUAGGAGAGUCUCCUCUCUUCACAAAUAGGUUUUUGCAUGCAAGAUUGGAUGCCUUCUACAGGCUCGUGCUGAAGGGCGAUACAAUAGAAAUGAGUGCAAAUGCUCUUGGUUUAACAAUGGAGAGCAAUGGGAUCAGAAUUUUAGAGCUUUUUGAUACUUCUGUCAAGUUCUCAAAUGCCUCUGGGAAGACAAAUAUCCAUGUUGCAGUUUCAGAUAUAUUCAUGAAUUUUUCUUUCAGCACAUUACGACUAUUUUGAGCAGUUGAGGAGGAUAUAUUAAAGUUCUUGAGGAUGACAUCUAGGAAAAUGACGGUUUCCUGCUCCGAG